AUGUACAAUACUCCUGCCGCUUCUGACUUUGACGACUGGAAUCAACCUGGAUGGAGUUAUGGGGACCUGGAACCGUUGAUUCGCAAAUCGAUCAAAUUCCUGAGCCCGGAGGAGCCUGGAAGCUCACCGCAUAGUGAUGAAGGAGUCUUCCAUGUGUCUCGUGGAGGACAUUCCGUAUCUUACGGUGAAGAAUUCGCCAAGGCAUGUAGAUUGGUUUUAGGAGACGCCAAGGAAUGUGAGAACAUCACAACAUAUAGAAUGGGACAUGGAUUCGGUCGACAACCCAAACUCAUCACUUCCGAUGGCAAACGAUCCAACGUAGCAGAUGCUUACCUUCACCCGUGUCUGGCAAAGAAACUCACCGUUGUGACGGGUGUAACCAUAGACAAGGUCAUCUUCAAGGGAAAUGAAGCAGUCGGUGUAAAGGUUAUCGGGAACAAUCUGCCUUCAGCGUCUUUCGGCACCAAUGAGAAGUAUACUAAGACCGUCAAGGCUAAUGAAAUGGUCGUCUUGACCUGCGGAGCUUUGGGAUCGCCAGCAGUGCUAGAGAGAAGUGGUAUCGGUAGUGCAGAGGUGUUGAAGGCUGCGGGAGUUGAGGUGAAGGUGGAUCUGCCUGGAGUUGGCCAUGAUUUGGACGAUCAUCAAGUGAGUGUCUAUGGAUAA